ACAAGGCACAGAUGAAGUGCAGUCCGCCUUUAAAUAUGCGAUGCUGAAUCAUAAUCUCAAUGUAUCAUCGAGACGGUUCGAGUUGCAAGCCUACGUGGACGUCAUCAACACAGCGGAUGCAUUCAAAUUGUCGCGAUUAAUAUGCAAUCAAUUUUCGCGUGGCGUUUAUUCGAUGUUGGGCGCAGUAUCUCCGGAUUCCUUUGACACAUUGCACUCGUACAGUAACACAUUUCAAAUGCCAUUUGUGACGCCAUGGUUUCCGGAAAAAGUGCUCACACCCUCAUCCGGUUUUCUUGAUUUUGCCAUCAGUAUGCGUCCCGAUUAUCAUCAGGCGAUUAUUGAUACAAUACAAUUUUAUGGCUGGCGCAAAAUAAUUUAUCUCUACGAUUCGCACGAUGGUAAGUAGCUCUAUGCAUGUAGAUACUUCA